AUGGAUACAAAGAAGCCAAGAAUGAAGAAAGAACAGCAACAAUAUUUAUUAAACUUCUUGAUGAGGAAUCCGGAAAUGGUUAAUGGAAAUUGUCAGUUGCCGGCUACCAAAAGAUUGUGGACUGAACUGACAGAAGCCCUCAAUGGAAUGGGAGGUGUUCGUAAGACACAGAAAGAUUGGGCGAAGGCUAAGAGUCGCACACAGCGUGCAUCUAUGCAAAGGACUGGAGGUGGUCCUCCAGCAGAUAUCUGCUCGACAGAACUGGAGAAAAAAACAAUAAAUAUAGAGGGGACAUCAACUAUAUAUGGAUUGCCUGGAGCUGUGGAAGCUGGUAUUAUUAUUGUCCCAGGGACUCCACAGCCCAUUGUUGAUGUUCCGGAUCCUCAUGUUAAACAAAACAUAGUCAUGGUUUUGGAUGAUGCUCAACUGCCAAAGCCCAAGCAGACGUUGAUUUUAGACGCAGUAACAGUUGAUAUACAUUCAGAUACUGAAGAAGAGCCCCCGAAGGAAGCGGCUAUGGUGGACGCGUUGACACCGACGGCGAGUCACGGGUGGGGCGACUGUCGUCACUUCAAUGGCGACGGACGCGUCAUCAAUACCGACAGCCUCUCGCGUUGGUCGAAUUGCGGUAGACGCGUUGAUGAUGCCAGCGGCAAAUAG